UCAGGCGGACGUGCGACCAGGCGGGCGGCGCUCAGGUGGCGGCUGCCGAUGGGGCUGCUUCGGAUUAUGCUGCCGCCUAAGUUGCAGCUCUUGGCGGUGCUGGCUUUCGGGGUGUCGGUCCUUUUCCUAGAGAACCAGAUCCAGAAGCUGGAGGAAUCCCGCGGGAAGCUUGAGAGGGCAAUUGCAAAACACGAAGUCCGAGAAAUUGAACAGCGUCAUACAAUAGAUGGCUCUCGGUUAGAUGUGGUUCCGGAUGAAGAAGAUGAUGUGGUGAUCAUUUAUAAUCGAGUACCGAAAACUGCAAGCACAUCCUUUACCAACAUUGCCUAUGACCUUUGUGCACGGAAUAAGUAUCAUGUACUUCAUAUCAACACAACCAAAAAUAAUCCUGUUAUGUCUCUGCAAGAUCAGGUACGAUUUGUGAAGAAUGUAACUUCCUGGAAAGAGAUGAAACCAGGGUUCUAUCAUGGACAUAUAUCCUUCUUGGAUUUUGCGAAAUUUGGCAUUAAAAAGAAACCAAUAUACAUCAAUGUUAUAAGAGAUCCUAUAGAACGGCUAGUGUCUUAUUAUUACUUCCUGCGCUUUGGUGACGAUUACAGGCCUGGACUCCGAAGGCGAAAGCAAGGGGAUAAAAAAACCUUUGAUGAAUGUGUAGCAGCUGGAGGCUCAGAUUGCGCCCCUGAGAAACUCUGGCUUCAAAUUCCGUUCUUUUGUGGCCACAGUUCUGAGUGCUGGAAUGUGGGAAGCAGAUGGGCUUUGGAACAAGCCAAAUACAACUUGAUUAAUGAAUAUUUCCUAGUGGGAGUUACAGAAGAACUUGAAGACUUCAUUAUGUUGCUGGAGGCAGCUUUGCCCCGCUUCUUCAGGGGUGCUACAGAACUGUACCGCACAGGCAAGAAGUCUCAUCUUAGGAAGACAACGGAGAAAAAGCUCCCCACAAAAGAAACCAUUGCAAAACUGCAGCAGUCUGAAAUAUGGAAAAUGGAGAAUGAGUUCUAUGAAUUUGCACUGGAGCAAUUUCAGUUUGUCAGAGCACAUGCAGUUCGGGAAAAAGAUGGAGAACUAUAUAUUCUGGCACAAAACUUUUUCUAUGAAAAGAUCUACCCUAAGUCGAACUAAGAACAAUGCAUAUUUUUAGGCUAAGGAACUAAACCUUGUGGCCACAUCCUUAUUCUCGGCCCCAAUGUAUAGAUUGCAGAUAAACAAACUGAGGCACUUCAGUCUUCAGCUCAGUAGAAUGAACUAUGGUUGCUCGAAGAAGAUGGCUGCUUAGAUAUGUUGGUAAUCCAAAAGUAUACACUUCGGUUUCUUUAAUAUUCUCAAAAGAGGUUACUACCCUACACCUGAAGAAGCCUACAUAUAUAUUUACAGAAACUAAUCACACACCAAUUCUAGCUGAAACUAUAAAGAUGAAAGGCUUCCCUGUAUGCUCUUUUUGAUUCAUAGGACUGCUUACUUUACUUAGCUUCCUGGGAAGAGCAAGCUGUUGGUUCCCUAGCCUCAACGUGGAGAUUUGGGUUGUAUACACUUAUGAAUAAUGUUAAUAACUGGCUGACAUUUGUGCUUUGUUCUUGUGAAUUCAUAUCACAUGACAUUCAUUGGAAUGUUCAAUCAUGUUCUGCUAAGAAAAUGCUGCAGCUGGACUUGCCCAUAUUUGUAAAUGUGGGAUUUCGUUUUAAGAAACUAGAACUGAUCAUCAGUGUGUUUAAAAAAAAAAUCAAAAAAAUCAAAUUCCAUUGUGAUAUUGUCAAAAGGCUGAAAAUCAAGGCAGUGUUUCUUUAAUAAUGAACUUCCCAUGAAGGUUGGGAAAGCUCUCUUAAGAAGCUGGCUUUUGCCUGCACAUCAAUAUAAAACAAAUUGUGAAUUCUGUA